AUGUGUGACGUGAUCUAUCUGCGCCGCGAAGCAGUGAGCGCGAUGGCGGUGUCUCAACCAAAGCAAGAAAAAGAGAGCGAUGAUUGCUCUUUGCUGCCUUUAGUUCAUGAUAUUAUAAAAAGCAUGGACAAGGACAGCCAGGAUGUCCACCAGGAACUGGCCAAGCUGAAGACAAAGAUCCAGGAGGCUCGGGAGCAGAUAGCCAACAUGCCCGGAGUAGACUGCAGUCCGCUGGAGCAGCAGCAGCAGCUGGCUACGCUGCGGGAGCAGGUCCGCACCAAAAACCAGCUGCUGCAGAAAUACAAAAGUCUGUGCAUGUUUGACGUGCCAAAAGCAUCAUGACAUUGAAGUCUGCAUUACUGACUGGAGGAAGCUCACACAUAGUCGAGGUGCAUUAGGGACAUUUGUUUUCAUCCUUACCCACGUAACGGACCAGAUGUGAGAUUCAAGACUACGGGAUGGACGUCUAAAUUGACAAGGACUUUUGUUUCCUCAGUUGCAUCGCAGUGAUGUUUUUGAACCUCACAUAAUGUCCGGAUUUUGUCCUACUAUUUAUAUUGAAAGUAGCUUUUCAGUGUAUCAUGUUCUCAUUGUGAUAUUUCAAUAUUCCUAUUUUGUAAUAAAAUUAAUUGAGAUACUG